AUGUCAGCACCUCAGCCAACAAUUCCCACUGACAAAGUAACUCCUGAGACUGUUGGGACAACCCCGGUAUCUGAACCAACUGCUCACACUGACACAUUGACAUCACAACCUGUGGAGACAAUUUCCUCACCUCAGCCUACGAGUCCUACAGACAUAGUAACAUCUGAAUCAACAAGUCCAACCCAUUCAUUGACAUCUGAGCCUAUAGAGACUACGUCAGCACCACAGCCAACCAUUCCCACUGACACAGUAACUUCUGAGACUGUUGAGACAACCUCGGUAUCUGAACCAACUUCUCCCACUGACACAUUGACAUCGCAACCUGCAGAGACCAUUUCCCCACCUCAGCCUACGAGUCCUACAGAAAUGGUCACGUCCAAAUCAACAAGUCCAACCCAUUCAUUGACAUCUGAGCCUAUAGAGACUACGUCAGCACCUCAGCCAAGCAUUCCCACUGACAAAGUAACUUCUGAGACUGUUGGGACAACCUCGGUGUCUGAACCAACUAGUCAGACUGACACAUUAACAUCACAACAUUCAGAGACCACAUCAGCACCUGGAACUACAGGUCCCACUGACACUGUAACUUCUGAGCCUGUCGAGACCACAUCAGCACCUCAACCAACUAAUCCCACCGACAAAGCAACUUCUGAGACUUUGGACACAACCUCGGUAACUAAACCAACUAAUCCCACUGACGAAGCAACUUCUGAGACUGUUGACACAACCUCGGUAACUAAACCAACUAAUCCCACUGACAAAGUAACUUCUGAGAAUGUUCAGACAACCUCGGUAUCUGAACCAACUGCUCACACUGACACGUUGACAUCACAACCUACAGAGACCAUUUCCCCACCUCAGCCUACGAGUCCUACAGAUAUAGUAACAUCCGUUCCUGCUGCUACCACCCCACUAUCUGAAUCAACCAGUCCAACCCAUUCAUUGACAUCUGAGCCUAUAGAGACUACUUCAGCACCUCAGCCAACAAUUCCCACUGACAAAGUAACUUCUGAGACUACUGGGAAAACCUCAGUGUCUGAACCAACUAGUAAGACUGGCACAUUAACAUCACAUCCUGCAGAAACCACACUGACACCUGAAACUGCAGGUCCCACUGACACAGCAACUUCUGACACUGUAGAGACAACCUCGAUAUCUGAACCAACUAGUCAGACUGACACAUCAACGUCACAUCCUGCAGAAACCACAUCAGCACCUGCAACUACAGGUCCCACUGACACAGCAACUUCUGAGCCUGUAGAGACCACAUCAGCAUCUCAACUAACUCAUCCCACUGAUAAAGUAACUUCUUGGACUGUUGAGACAACCUCUGUCUCUGAACCAACUCCUCACACUGGCACAUUGACAUCACAACAUUCAGAGACCACAUCAGCACCUGGAACUACAGGUCCCACUGACACUGUAUCUUCUGAGCCUGUCGAGACCACAUCAGCACCUCAACCAACUAAUCCCACUGACAAAGCAACUUCUGAGACUGUUGACACAACCUCGGUAACUAAACCAACUAAUCCCACUGACAAAGUAACUUCUGAGAAUGUUGAGACAACCUCGGUAUCUGAACCAACUGCUCACACUGACACGUUGACAUCACAACCUACAGAGACCAUUUCCCCACCUCAGCCUACGAGUCCUACAGACAUAGUAACAUCCGUGCCUGCUGCUACCACCCCACUAUCUGAAUCAACCAGUCCAACCCAUUCAUUGACAUCUGAGCCUAUAGAGACCACAUCAGCACCUCAGCCAACCAUUCCCACUGUCACAGUAACUUCUGAGACUGUAGAGAAAACCUCGGUAUCUGAACCAACUGCUCACACUGACACGUUGACAUCACAACCUACAGAGACCAUUUCCCUACCUCAGCCUACGAGUCCUACAGACAUAGUAACAUCCGUGCCUGCUGCUACCACCCCACUAUCUGAAUCGACCAGUCCAACCCAUUCAUUGACAUCUGAGCCUAUAGAGACUAUGUCAGCACCUCAGCCAACAAUUCCCACUGACAAAGUAACUUCUGAGACUGUUGGGACAACCCCGGUAUCUGAACCAACUGCUCACACUGACACAUUGACAUCACAACCUGUGGAGACAAUUUCCUCACCUCAGCCUACGAGUCCUACAGACAUAGUAACAUCUGAAUCAACAAGUCCAACCCAUUCAUUGACAUCUGAGCCUAUAGAGACUACGUCAGCACCACAGCCAACCAUUCCCACUGACACAGUAACUUCUGAGACUGUUGAGACAACCUCGGUAUCUGAACCAACUUCUCCCACUGACACAUUGACAUCGCAACCUGCAGAGACCAUUUCCCCACCUCAGCCUACGAGUCCUACAGAAAUGGUCACGUCCAAAUCAACAAGUCCAACCCAUUCAUUGACAUCUGAGCCUAUAGAGACUACGUCAGCACCUCAGCCAAGCAUUCCCACUGACAAAGUAACUUCUGAGACUGUUGGGACAACCUCGGUGUCUGAACCAACUAGUCAGACUGACACAUUAACAUCACAACAUUCAGAGACCACAUCAGCACCUGGAACUACAGGUCCCACUGACACUGUAACUUCUGAGCCUGUCGAGACCACAUCAGCACCUCAACCAACUAAUCCCACCGACAAAGCAACUUCUGAGACUUUGGACACAACCUCGGUAACUAAACCAACUAAUCCCACUGACGAAGCAACUUCUGAGACUGUUGACACAACCUCGGUAACUAAACCAACUAAUCCCACUGACAAAGUAACUUCUGAGAAUGUUCAGACAACCUCGGUAUCUGAACCAACUGCUCACACUGACACGUUGACAUCACAACCUACAGAGACCAUUUCCCCACCUCAGCCUACGAGUCCUACAGAUAUAGUAACAUCCGUUCCUGCUGCUACCACCCCACUAUCUGAAUCAACCAGUCCAACCCAUUCAUUGACAUCUGAGCCUAUAGAGACUACUUCAGCACCUCAGCCAACAAUUCCCACUGACAAAGUAACUUCUGAGACUACUGGGAAAACCUCAGUGUCUGAACCAACUAGUAAGACUGGCACAUUAACAUCACAUCCUGCAGAAACCACACUGACACCUGAAACUGCAGGUCCCACUGACACAGCAACUUCUGACACUGUAGAGACAACCUCGAUAUCUGAACCAACUAGUCAGACUGACACAUUAACGUCACAUCCUGCAGAAACCACAUCAGCACCUGCAACUACAGGUCCCACUGACACAGCAACUUCUGAGCCUGUAGAGACCACAUCAGCAUCUCAACUAACUCAUCCCACUGAUAAAGUAACUUCUUGGACUGUUGAGACAACCUCUGUAUCUGAACCAACUCCUCACACUGGCACAUUGACAUCACAACAUUCAGAGACCACAUCAGCACCUGGAACUACAGGUCCCACUGACACUGUAUCUUCUGAGCCUGUCGAGACCACAUCAGCACCUCAACCAACUAAUCCCACUGACAAAGCAACUUCUGAGACUGUUGACACAACCUCGGUAACUAAACCAACUAAUCCCACUGACAAAGUAACUUCUGAGAAUGUUGAGACAACCUCGGUAUCUGAACCAACUGCUCACACUGACACGUUGACAUCACAACCUACAGAGACCAUUUCCCCACCUCAGCCUACGAGUCCUACAGACAUAGUAACAUCCGUGCCUGCUGCUACCACCCCACUAUCUGAAUCAACCAGUCCAACCCAUUCAUUGACAUCUGAGCCUAUAGAGACCACAUCAGCACCUCAGCCAACCAUUCCCACUGUCACAGUAACUUCUGAGACUGUAGAGAAAACCUCGGUAUCUGAACCAACUGCUCACACUGACACGUUGACAUCACAACCUACAGAGACCAUUUCCCUACCUCAGCCUACGAGUCCUACAGACAUAGUAACAUCCGUGCCUGCUGCUACCACCCCACUAUCUGAAUCGACCAGUCCAACCCAUUCAUUGACAUCUGAGCCUAUAGAGACUAUGUCAGCACCUCAGCCAACAAUUCCCACUGACAAAGUAACUCCUGAGACUGUUGGGACAACCCCGGUAUCUGAACCAACUGCUCACACUGACACAUUGACAUCACAACCUGUGGAGACAAUUUCCUCACCUCAGCCUACGAGUCCUACAGACAUAGUAACAUCUGAAUCAACAAGUCCAACCCAUUCAUUGACAUCUGAGCCUAUAGAGACUACGUCAGCACCACAGCCAACCAUUCCCACUGACACAGUAACUUCUGAGACUGUUGAGACAACCUCGGUAUCUGAACCAACUUCUCCCACUGACACAUUGACAUCGCAACCUGCAGAGACCAUUUCCCCACCUCAGCCUACGAGUCCUACAGAAAUGGUCACGUCCAAAUCAACAAGUCCAACCCAUUCAUUGACAUCUGAGCCUAUAGAGACUACGUCAGCACCUCAGCCAAGCAUUCCCACUGACAAAGUAACUUCUGAGACUGUUGGGACAACCUCGGUGUCUGAACCAACUAGUCAGACUGACACAUUAACAUCACAACAUUCAGAGACCACAUCAGCACCUGGAACUACAGGUCCCACUGACACUGUAACUUCUGAGCCUGUCGAGACCACAUCAGCACCUCAACCAACUAAUCCCACCGACAAAGCAACUUCUGAGACUUUGGACACAACCUCGGUAACUAAACCAACUAAUCCCACUGACGAAGCAACUUCUGAGACUGUUGACACAACCUCGGUAACUAAACCAACUAAUCCCACUGACAAAGUAACUUCUGAGAAUGUUCAGACAACCUCGGUAUCUGAACCAACUGCUCACACUGACACGUUGACAUCACAACCUACAGAGACCAUUUCCCCACCUCAGCCUACGAGUCCUACAGAUAUAGUAACAUCCGUUCCUGCUGCUACCACCCCACUAUCUGAAUCAACCAGUCCAACCCAUUCAUUGACAUCUGAGCCUAUAGAGACUACUUCAGCACCUCAGCCAACAAUUCCCACUGACAAAGUAACUUCUGAGACUACUGGGAAAACCUCAGUGUCUGAACCAACUAGUAAGACUGGCACAUUAACAUCACAUCCUGCAGAAACCACACUGACACCUGAAACUGCAGGUCCCACUGACACAGCAACUUCUGACACUGUAGAGACAACCUCGAUAUCUGAACCAACUAGUCAGACUGACACAUUAACGUCACAUCCUGCAGAAACCACAUCAGCACCUGCAACUACAGGUCCCACUGACACAGCAACUUCUGAGCCUGUAGAGACCACAUCAGCAUCUCAACUAACUCAUCCCACUGAUAAAGUAACUUCUUGGACUGUUGAGACAACCUCUGUAUCUGAACCAACUCCUCACACUGGCACAUUGACAUCACAACAUUCAGAGACCACAUCAGCACCUGGAACUACAGGUCCCACUGACACUGUAUCUUCUGAGCCUGUCGAGACCACAUCAGCACCUCAACCAACUAAUCCCACUGACAAAGCAACUUCUGAGACUGUUGACACAACCUCGGUAACUAAACCAACUAAUCCCACUGACAAAGUAACUUCUGAGAAUGUUGAGACAACCUCGGUAUCUGAACCAACUGCUCACACUGACACGUUGACAUCACAACCUACAGAGACCAUUUCCCCACCUCAGCCUACGAGUCCUACAGACAUAGUAACAUCCGUGCCUGCUGCUACCACCCCACUAUCUGAAUCAACCAGUCCAACCCAUUCAUUGACAUCUGAGCCUAUAGAGACCACAUCAGCACCUCAGCCAACCAUUCCCACUGUCACAGUAACUUCUGAGACUGUAGAGAAAACCUCGGUAUCUGAACCAACUGCUCACACUGACACGUUGACAUCACAACCUACAGAGACCAUUUCCCUACCUCAGCCUACGAGUCCUACAGACAUAGUAACAUCCGUGCCUGCUGCUACCACCCCACUAUCUGAAUCGACCAGUCCAACCCAUUCAUUGACAUCUGAGCCUAUAGAGACUAUGUCAGCACCUCAGCCAACAAUUCCCACUGACAAAGUAACUUCUGAGACUGUUGGGACAACCCCGGUAUCUGAACCAACUGCUCACACUGACACAUUGACAUCACAACCUGUGGAGACAAUUUCCUCACCUCAGCCUACGAGUCCUACAGACAUAGUAACAUCUGAAUCAACAAGUCCAACCCAUUCAUUGACAUCUGAGCCUAUAGAGACUACGUCAGCACCACAGCCAACCAUUCCCACUGACACAGUAACUUCUGAGACUGUUGAGACAACCUCGGUAUCUGAACCAACUUCUCCCACUGACACAUUGACAUCGCAACCUGCAGAGACCAUUUCCCCACCUCAGCCUACGAGUCCUACAGAAAUGGUCACGUCCAAAUCAACAAGUCCAACCCAUUCAUUGACAUCUGAGCCUAUAGAGACUACGUCAGCACCUCAGCCAAGCAUUCCCACUGACAAAGUAACUUCUGAGACUGUUGGGACAACCUCGGUGUCUGAACCAACUAGUCAGACUGACACAUUAACAUCACAACAUUCAGAGACCACAUCAGCACCUGGAACUACAGGUCCCACUGACACUGUAACUUCUGAGCCUGUCGAGACCACAUCAGCACCUCAACCAACUAAUCCCACCGACAAAGCAACUUCUGAGACUUUGGACACAACCUCGGUAACUAAACCAACUAAUCCCACUGACGAAGCAACUUCUGAGACUGUUGACACAACCUCGGUAACUAAACCAACUAAUCCCACUGACAAAGUAACUUCUGAGAAUGUUCAGACAACCUCGGUAUCUGAACCAACUGCUCACACUGACACGUUGACAUCACAACCUACAGAGACCAUUUCCCCACCUCAGCCUACGAGUCCUACAGAUAUAGUAACAUCCGUUCCUGCUGCUACCACCCCACUAUCUGAAUCAACCAGUCCAACCCAUUCAUUGACAUCUGAGCCUAUAGAGACUACUUCAGCACCUCAGCCAACAAUUCCCACUGACAAAGUAACUUCUGAGACUACUGGGAAAACCUCAGUGUCUGAACCAACUAGUAAGACUGGCACAUUAACAUCACAUCCUGCAGAAACCACACUGACACCUGAAACUGCAGGUCCCACUGACACAGCAACUUCUGACACUGUAGAGACAACCUCGAUAUCUGAACCAACUAGUCAGACUGACACAUUAACGUCACAUCCUGCAGAAACCACAUCAGCACCUGCAACUACAGGUCCCACUGACACAGCAACUUCUGAGCCUGUAGAGACCACAUCAGCAUCUCAACUAACUCAUCCCACUGAUAAAGUAACUUCUCGGACUGUUGAGACAACCUCUGUAUCUGAACCAACUCCUCACACUGGCACAUUGACAUCACAACAUUCAGAGACCACAUCAGCACCUGGAACUACAGCCUACGAGUCCUACAGACAUAGUAACAUCCGUGCCUGCUGCUACCACCCCACUAUCUGA